AUUUGCAAAGUUCAAGGUUCACAGAAUGUUUAUUUUGGCAACACUAUAGAUGUUUCUAGGCCUCUGAGAUAUGAGAGCAUUACCUUGCAUUAGCUAGCAAUAAGAAAAGAAGCUUUGUUUGGAUUAACAUAUAUACUCUCUUCAUUGUGCGUAUCCAUUUUUCCUCAAUAAUUUGCAGGUUAGGUCCCAGGACACUACAAAUGCUGCUUAAAGGGCCUGAAGGCUCCCGAGGUAUGGCCAGACACUCCAUCUUGUACUUCAUCCUGCUGAGUGCUCUGAUCAACAAGGGCCAAGCCUGCUUCUGUGAUCACUACCCCUGGACUCAGUGGACUAGCUGCUCAAAAACCUGCGAUUCUGGAACCCAGAGCAGACACAGGCAAAUAGUAGUAGAUAAGUACUAUCAGGAAAACUUUUGUGAACAGAUUUGCACCAAGUUGGAGACUAGAGAAUGUAACUGGCAAUCAUGCCCCAUCAACUGUCUCCUAGGAGAUUUUGGACCAUGGUCAGACUGUGACCCUUGUGUUGAAAAACAGACUAAAGUUAGAUCUGUCGUGCGUCCCAGUCAGUUUGGGGGACAGCCAUGCACUGAGCCCCUGAUGGCCUUUCAACCAUGCAUUCCAUCUAAGCUCUGCAAAAUUGAAGAGGCAGACUGCAAGAAUAAAUUUCGCUGUGACAGUGGCCGCUGCAUUGCCAGAAAGUUAGAAUGCAAUGGCGAAAAUGACUGUGGAGACAAUUCAGAUGAAAGGGACUGUGGGAGGACAAAGGCAGUAUGCUCACGGAAGUAUACUCCCAUCCCUAGCGUACAGUUGAUGGGCAAUGGGUUUCAUUUUCUGGCAGGAGAGCCCAGAGGAGAAGUUCUUGAUAACUCUUUCACUGGAGGUAUAUGUAAUACUGCCAAAAGCAGUAAGACAAGUAAUCCAUACCGUGUUCCAGCCAAUCUGGAAAAUGUCGGCUUCGAGGUACAAACUGCAGAAGAUGAUUUGAAAACAGAGUUCUACAAGGAUUUAACUUCUCUUGGACACAAUGACAAUCAACAAGGAUCAUUUUCAAGUGACGGGGGGAGCUCUUUCCAUGUACCAAUUUUUUAUUCCUCAAAGAAAAGUGAAAAGAUCAACCAGAACUCUGCCUUCAAGCAAGCAAUUCAAGCUUCUCACAAAAAGGAUUCUAGUUUCAUUAGGAUCCAUAAAGUGAUGAAAGUCUUAAAUUUCACAAUGAAAACUGAAGAUCUGCACCUUUCUGAUGUCUUUUUGAAAGCACUUAACCAUCUGCCUUUAGAAUACAACUCUGCUUUGUACAGCCGAAUAUUUGAUGACUUUGGGACUCAUUAUUUCACCUCUGGCUCCCUGGGGGGUGUGUAUGACCUCCUCUAUCAGUUUAGCAGCGAGGAACUAAAGAAUUCAGGUUUAACCCAGGAAGAAAGCCAACACUGUGUCCGGAUUGAAACAAAGAAACGUGUUUUAUUUGUUAAGAAAACAAAAGUGGAACAUAGGUGUACCACCAACAAGCUUUCAGAGAAACAUGAAGGUUCAUUUUUGCAGGGAGCAGAGAAAUCCAUAUCCCUAAUUCGAGGUGGAAGGAGUGAGUAUGCAGCAGCUUUGGCAUGGGAGAAAGGGAGCUCUGGUCUGGAGGAGAAGACAUUUUCUGAGUGGUUAGAAUCAGUGAAGGAAAAUCCUGUUGUGGUUGACUUUGAGCUUGCCCCCAUCGUGGACUUGGUAAGAAACAUCCCCUGUGCAGUGACAAAACGGAACAACCUCAGGAAAGCUUUCCAGGAGUAUGCAGCCAAGUUCGAUCCUUGCCAGUGUGCUCCAUGCCCUAAUAAUGGCCGACCCACCCUCUCAGGGACUGAAUGUCUGUGUGUGUGUCAGAGUGGCACCUAUGGUGAGAACUGUGAGAGACGGUCUCCAGAUUAUAAAUCCAAUGCAGUAGAUGGACACUGGGGUUGCUGGUCUUCCUGGAGUACCUGUGAUGCUACUUAUAAGAGAUCGAGAACCCGAGAAUGCAAUAACCCUGCCCCGCAAGGAGGAGGGAAACGCUGCGACGGGGAGACGCGACAAGAGGAAGACUGCACAUUUUCAAUCAUGGAAAACAAUGGACAACCAUGUAUCAACGAUGAUGAAGAAAUAAAAGAGGUUGAUCUUCCUGAGAUAGAAGCAGCUUCUGGGUGUCGUCAGCCAGUUCCUCCAGAAAAUGGAUUUAUCCGGAAUGAAAAGAAACUAUACUCGGUUGGAGAAGACGCUGAAAUUUCAUGCCUUACUGGCUUUGAAACUGUUGGAUACCAGUACUUCAGAUGCUUACCAGAUGGGACCUGGAGACAAGGGGAUGUGGAAUGCCAACGGACAGAGUGCAUCAAGCCAGUUGUGCAGGAAGUCCUGACAAUUACACCAUUUCAGAGAUUGUAUAGAGUUGGUGAAUCCAUUGAGCUAACUUGCCCCAAAGGCUUUGUUGUUGCUGGGCCAUCAAGAUACACAUGCUGGGGGAAUUCCUGGACACCACCCAUUUCAAACUCACUCACCUGUGAAAAAGAUAUUCUGACAAAAUUAAAAGGCCACUGUCAGCCUGGACAGAAACAGUCAGGAUCUGAAUGCAUUUGCAUGUCUCCAGAAGAAGACUGCAGCCAUUAUUCAGAAGAUCUUUGUGUGUUUGACACAGACUCUAAUGAUUACUUUACUUCACCCGCUUGUAAGUUUCUGGCUGAGAAGUGUUUACAUAAUCAGCAACUCCAUUUUCUACAUAUUGGUUCCUGUCAAGAAGGCCGCCAGUUGGAAUGGGGUCUUGAAAGGGCAAGAUUUUCAUUCAAUAGCACAAAGAAAGAAUCCUGUGGCUAUGAUACCUGCUAUGACUGGGAAACAUGUUCAGCCUCCGCUUCCAAAUGUGUCUGCCUGUUGCCCCCACAGUGCUUCAAGGGAGGAAGCCAACUCUACUGUGUCAAAGUGGCAUCAUCAACGAGUGAGAAAACGUUGAACAUCUGUGAAGUGGGAGCUAUAAGAUGUGCAGACAGGAAGGUGGAAAUACUGCAUCCUGGAAAGUGUUUGGCCUAGCACAAUUACCUCUAGACCCAGCACAAUUAACAGAUUUACCAUCCAGAAGAAACAACCUCUACAAAUGAGAAUUCUUGUACAAACAGCAGACUGGCAUGCUCAAAGUUACUGACAAAAAUUGUUUUGUGUUAGUUUGAGAUCAUUAUUCUCCCCGGCCUCUUCUGUUUGGCAUGUCUUAUUCAGUUCCAGUUCAUGACACCCUGUAGCAUACCUCUAGAUACCAACUUCCACAGCAGUCUGGUAAAUUCUCCUGUUCACAUUGCACAAAAAUAAUGCGACUCCUGAGGCCCUUAAGAAGCCUGUGACAUUAAGCAUUUUCACAGUUAGAAAUAAGAAUAAAACCAUAAUUUUCUUCAAUAAAUCAAUAAACAGAAAUCUUUAGAACCUCUAAAACACAUUCUUGAAACCCAACUUUCAUGUCUUCAUUAAGCAAACAAUUUGAUUAUGUAUACAGGAUGUCAAGUACUGACCCAAAGUCCUGAGAACUCAGCAAAGAAUAAAACACCCAAAAGCCUUUGCCUUCAUGAAGUAUACAUUCAUCCAGGGGGAGACAUACACACAGUGAAAUAAACAGGUAAAAUAUG